AUGGCAAUAAAUAUAUCGGCUUCUUUCGUCUUCUUGGCAUCUGUGUAUCAUAUCGUCAUACCAACUGCCUCAUCUCCUCCGAUCGCCACCAUUCCUGUUCCAAACCCUCGCCUACGACCUUACGUUCAUAGUAACCUAAUCAUUCACGAGCAUGACGCAGUUACCCCCGCCGCCACCAAUGCUACACGAACAGUUCAGGAAGAAAUCACAAACUCGAUUAGAUUUAUUAUGGACGAUACGAUUCAGUUCAAACCACAAAUUCCUCAAAUUCAGAAACCACAAAUUCCUCAAAUUCGGAACUCAUAUGAAAUUGAAGGUAUCGUUCUAUCUAACACCACUAUCAGUUAA